CGGAGGAGACCGGCGCUCUCACCUGACCUUUGACCUUGAGCUUGGGAGCAGUGGCUAACUUUCGUAGCAGAGGCUCUGAAGACACCAUGACGCUGCCGAAACACGCAGAAGAGCUGUGCUUCUCCACUGAAGUAUUUCUGGAAGAGAGUUUUACCGUCGACGACUUUGUGAACCAGUGCAGGAAGCGGGUGACGAUCGAAUGCCUCCGCGACGACCUAGACGCCUAUUACCGCACCCUCAAGAGCGCCAUGGUGGAGCUUAUCAACAAAGACUACGCAGAUUUCGUCAAUCUGUCCGCAAAUCUGGUUGGAGUGGACAAGUCCAUUGAUGGACUUGCUUCGCCGCUGACCCAACUAAGGGAAGAGGUUUUGGGUAUAAAGGAGGUGAUGGAUGCUGCCAUAUCUGCCACCGAGACCAAGCUGGCACAGCGAGCUGAAAUCAGGGCCAAGAAGGCCACACUGAAGAGGCUAAUGGUUGUCAUGGAGUCUCUGGAAUCACUCGAACGGCUUCUCGACAUUCGGAGGAGACCACACCCCCUCUCUCCCUCAAGUCCUUCAGAGGAGAGGUCUGAAGUUGCUCAACUGACUGAGCGAGAGGAGUUUGCGGCUGUGGUUCUGGAGAGGGUGACGGGAGAGUUCAACCGUCUCCAGUUCAGUGUCUCGCAGACUCAGGACCACCCUCUCGUCUCCGAGAUCACUCCUCGUAUAGCUGGAGUCACGUCAGCCCUGCAGUCCAGACUGGAGCGACUGUUCCAGGAGGCUCUGGACGGACGAGGCCGAGAGAGGCUGGCCACUGUCUGCAGGCCUAUGCCUCCAUCAGUCGGCAGGAGGACGCAGAGAGUAUGUUCCAGGCUGCUGUGGCACACCCCUUCCUUGAUAAGUGAGUGACUACAAGGCUCUGGUGUCGAGCUCCGGACUACCUGGGAUCUACUCACAAAUACUCGCCUUCUUCCCCAAGCAGUGCUCACUCCUAUUAGAGCUCACCCACCCCCGGCCCCCCGCCGCGGCCGGUGGUUUGGCUCAGCCUCCGAGGGUUCCCGGAUUCAGUUUCCUGGUGAACGCCGUGUGGCCUGAACUGGUGGCUAUGCUGGACCAGAAGAUUCCUGCAAUCUUUGCACCCGUCAAUCCCGACGAACUUCUCCAAGAACUACACGGCCACAAUGGAGUUUGUGAGUGUUGUUGAGUCUCUCUCUUCUCUGUCCGAAUCAGGCCAGCGUGAGGAACUGAGGCCCACCCAGUUUCAUCAACCUAUCCUCCCCUCGCCAAGUGGAGUUUGCCUGUCUAUUUCCAGAUCAGGUUUCAGGAGAUUGCAGGGGUCAUGGAAAACUCUUUAUCACUGACUCCAGCUCAAGAUAAGGCACCACCUCGGUCCGGUGUUCCACAGUUCAAACUGGAGGUGUUCCGUGUUCUGUGGGACUGUCUUCACAAGACCUGGUCUCCCGAGGUCUUUCUGCCCAGCCUCACACACCGGUUCUGGAAACUCUCCCUUCAGUUGAUCAUCAGAACCUCUGAGUGGUUGGCUGAGCUACACCACCAGUCCCCACCACCAACUGGGUCCUCUAGUGAGAAGUCCUCCACUGCCCCAGCCGGAGGAGGAGCGUCUGGCUCUGGGCCCAGUACCCGGGAGGGAGAGGACUCUGUCUCCCUCACCGUUCCACAGAAUCUCCACCUCAUCCACGACUCACAACUUUUUACUGUACAGGUGCAGUAUAUAUGUGCAGCAUAAAUCACUCUUAAACACAUUGUUCUUCUCUCUACCUGCCUUGCCACUAUGUACAGUUAUAAUAUACAAAACGGAAGAUAGUUGCUAAUAGUAUGCUAUGUGGAAGCAAUGUAACUGUCUGCGAUGCUUAUGAAUCUCCUGAAUAAGGCUCAACUCGAAAGUGUCCAAGAGGUACUAGCUACUAGAUGAAUGCUUCGGAGCAUCCCUUUUCAGAGUUUCAGCUGUAUUGCGGUGCUAUAGUACGUCGUUUGCAAUUACGUGGAACGUGGGGAAAUCACAAGGAGCGAUGCAAGUCAAUGCAAUACUGACAAUUAACCUUUUGAGCGUGCUUCGCGCAUGAUGUUGCAAUCAUGUGAUCAUGGCGAUUACAUCACUGAUUGAAGCUAUAUAUAGCAAAAAGACGUAAAACCUUUUCAGAGGAAGGGACAGGAAAUGCCCUAUUUUUAUGAAUAAGUCCCGUGGCCAGAUAUGCAAUCUAUUUUUAUCAUGACAAUACUUUGCAGCUUCUCCGACUUUUGAAAUUUAUAAUUUAUACUUGAUUUACACCAAGUCUCAUAGAUGAAUGAUACAUUAGAAUGAUGCUGGAGUAAUAUAAGAGAUUUUGCCUGUAUAGUAAUGCAUACUCUUAAUAUAAUAUAAUAGCUGCCCGGUGAUCAUAGAUAGUGAAGUGGUGGGUCUGCCGUUUCCCCCAUUUCCCCCAGUUAGUCCAACUGCCGGCAGAUUUCUUCAGUGUCGGUUCUCACUCGUGAAGGAUAACAGGCCACGGAUAUUUUCUCGAAGCUCAGCGUCCACUCGGUUUCGCCAAAUA